UGUCCGCCACUGGUACAGUAGUUACCUCAGCAAUUUUGUACCCAUCGCAUAUAUAACUCUUAUUCUGGUCAUUUAGUGAUAAAUGUAAUGCGCCUAAACAUGGCUGCAAUGUAUUUGUGCUCUUGUGUUUUAUUGAUUUUGUCUGUGGUUUUUCAUGUUUUAUUCCAUCAAACUAUCGACUAUGGUGAACAUAAUGCUAUAUUCGAUCAAAUCGAGAGUCCUGGAAGUUGGCACAAACGUUAUUUCUUAUGCAAGGACGGCGGACAUUAUCCAUCACGACCAUUAUAUGCAUGGACAAAACACGGCUAUAUCUGUUACAUUCUUCCACAGAAAGACCUUACAAUCUAUGUGGAUGUGCAGCUAAAUCCAGGGCCUAUCAGAUCGUUUAACAACUGUCAGAAUAUUUGGGGCAGACCAGUGUAUUACAUAGUCAGAACUCUAUCGAAAUGCUGACAUUACAACAACAACAACAACUGGGUCUGGGCGUCAUAUGUAUGACAAUAUAUUAUUACAAUUGUCGCAUUUACCGGCGAACAGUUUGUGUUUCUACAAUAAUCGUUUUCCGGCUGGAGCCGCUUUAGGGUGGCCAUAUGUUUGCAAAACUAAUCGAAGCUAUCGUGGUAAGAGAAGUGGGAAAAAAGUAAAACAGAGGGAAGCCUCGAAGUAUUUUAAUAUACAAGUUAUCGGUAAUUCACCUAUGGUACAAAGGUCAAAGAAAUUUGCAUAUAAUUCCACGCGAAAUUAUGAUUAUAAUAAUCUCGUACAAAUUCCUCUGGAAUCUAUUGUUUCAAAUUGCGGACCUCGUUUACGGUUUGCGGUAUGGAAUGCACGUUCAAUUAAAAACAAAAUAACUUCGCUAUGUGACCUUGUUAUCUCUGAACGUUUGGAUAUAUUAGCUUUAACUGAAACGUGGUUGACAGGCAGCGAUAGUUUUGUUAUUGCUGAUCUCACAAACACUUUGCAAGACCAUGAUAUUUACCACUUGUCAAGGACAAACAGGGGUGGUGGAGUAGCAGUCAUUGUACGCAGAGGUCUUACCAUAAAACAAACGGAAUCUUGUAUAUUUCAAUCUUUUGAGCAUCUUGAUUUAAGUGUUACCUUGGCGAACAAGACUUUUCGUUUACUGACAAUUUAUCGGCCGCCACCAUCAAGGAAGAACAAACUAACAGUUGCACGUUUCUUUUCUGACUUCUCUACAUUGCUCGAAGGUAUUACAUCAGAACCAAAUAAAAUUGUAUUGGCUGGGCAUUUUAAUUUUCACAUUGAUAACCUCACUGACACUAAUGCACAGACUUUCACGGAACUGAUUGAUUCUGCUGGUUUACAACAGCACGUUACUGGUCCAACACAUCGACGUGGCCAUACGCUAGAUCUUGUCUUGACUCGUUCUGACGAUAAUCGAAUUUCAAAUUUGACUGUUUUGGGAGAAUCAUUAUCUGACCAUCAACCUGUUUUGUGUAAUAUCGACUUUCCCCGCCCGCAUGCCACCCGUAAAGCUGUUCUUUUUCGAAAGACUAAAAACAUUGAUAUCACAAGAUUUCAGAGUGAUAUUGUGGCGUCCUCUCUAGUGGAAAAUGGUUCCGAAGAUGCAACAAAUUUGGACACCCUAGUAACACUCUAUAAAUUAUAAUGAUACUCUCUGUUCACUUCUCGACAAACAUGCUCCGAUACAAUCAAGGAAUAAUAUUCUAAGACCACACUCUCCUUGGCACACGGAUCAACUACGGCAACUAAAACGUGAGAAACGACGGUUGGAGAGACAAUAUGUAUCUACCACCUUAACUGUCCACAAGCAAAUGUACCAACAGGCAUGUGCUGAGUAUGCUCGUUCACUGGAAACUGCCAAAGUAAAUUAUUAUACGACCAAAGUACAGGGGUGUAAUAAAAAACAGUUGUUUAACUUUGUCGAUGAAAUGCUCAAUGUGAAAACUACUCCAAUUCUACCAAAACAUAAAUCCACCGAGGAUCUAGUUGAACAGUUCGGUGCACAUUUUGAAUCAAAAAUUCUUAUCUUAAGACGGAAACUAUCUGAAUUACGUUCAAAUGUAACUGUUGAUCGGGCCGAGAAAUGUCGCAGUUCUCUAACACACUUUGAGCGAGUUUCAAUGAGUACAGUGCAGGAUAUCAUCAUGGUGUCAAAACCUAAAUCUUGCCAAUUAGACCCAAUUCCAACAUGGCUGCUCAAAAGUUGUAUUGAUGUCCUUUUACCAACUAUAACAACCAUCAUAAAUGCAUCUUUGGAACAAGGAGUUUUUCCAACGAAAUGGAAAGAAUCUCUUCUGCGGCCUCUUAUCAAGAAAAUGUCAUUAGAUCGAGAUGAAUUUAAUAAUUUUAGGCCAAUCUCAAAUUUAGCAUUUCUCUCCAAAACACUCGAAAAGAUUGUUGCUUCUCAACUUGACACUUACUUAACAAAUCAUCAAUUAUAUGCCAAGAUGCAGUCAGCGUACAGAAACUACUUAGAGUUGCGAAUGACGUAAUGAGGGGGAUUGAUGAUCAACAAGAAUGUGUUCUAGUGUUACUUGAUCUUUCAUCAGCAUUCGACACAAUUGAUCACGACAUUUUGUUUGACAGGCUGUGUAAUCGUUAUGGUCUUUCGGGGGUAGUUCUGGAUUGGCUAAAGUCUUACCUCUGUUAUCGCCCUCAGCGUGCGGUCGUAGAUAAUGUUUCUUCACGACCGUGUUUCGCUAGCUGUGGGGUUCCGCAAGGAUCUGUUUUGGGACCAUUGUUGUUCUCUUUGUACAUUGCUCCCCUCGAAGAUGUGAUCAUGUCCCAUGGAAUAGAUGCCAUGAUGUAUGCUGAUGAUUCUCAACUUUAUAUUUUUCUGAAUCGUAAUAACCGCAUUAUCGCAACUGAAAAGUUGGAAGCCUGUAUUGACGACGUUAUGAAUUGGAUCACUUGCAAUAUGCUUAUGGGCAAUCCAUCAAAGACGGAAGUAAUUCAUUUUUAUUCACGUUACAUGAAACCUGAUUGUCCUCUUUGUCCCAUCAAAGUAGGAGGGCAUGAUGUACAACCGGUAAACAAAGCAAAGGAUCUAGGAGUUACACUCGAUUCCUGCCUUACUUUCAAAGUGCAUAUUAAUAACAUAUGUCGUUCGGCUUCACAAUCAAUACAUCAAAUUGGCAAAAUAAGAAAAUAUCUUUCACGAAAGGACACCGAAGUCUUGUUCAUGCUUUUAUUUCAUCCAAACUUGACUAUUGCAACGGCGUGCUCUACGGCCUUCCUUCUUGUGAAUUGCAGAAGUUGCAAAGGCUACAAAACACUGCUGCCAGAUUAGUCGUCAGAGAAAGGAAAUCUGCGCAUAUAACACCGGUACUUUCUAAUCUCAACUGGCUUCCUGUGCAACAACGAGUGACUUUCAAACUCCUUUUGGUGACCUAUAAAGCUCUUAAUUGCAUUGCCCCUACAUACAUCACCGAUCUACUUCGUCGUCAUGUCCCUGCCCGUACUUUGCGCUCCAGCAGUCAAAAUUUGUUAACUGUGCCUAGAGUGCGAACAGAGACAUAUGGCGAGAAGUCUUUUUCCUGCGCUGCUCCGAGACUCUGGAACAAUCUUCCUGACUCUAUUAAGCAAAGUCCAACUAUCGAUGAGUUUAAGGCAAAGUUGAAAACAUAUCUAUUUAGGAUAGCUUUUUCUGAGUAA